CUACAUCGCCGGAACCCGGCUGUGACUGAGUGCGAAAGCGUGUGAGAACGAAGCGCGAUGGAGGUGAUGGCGCACACGACAGGAACCGGCUCCGUCCCAACCUAACGCUUGCGUAUCGUCUAUUUAUUAUACGAGUGGUAGCGGAAAACGUGUGGACGCUUAGAUACCCGAAUAAGUAGCCUCUCGCGCGCGGUGCUGACGACCUUGGCGCUGUUCUGCUGGCUCGCUGAGCGGCGUGUUCGAGUCUGUUGUUGAUCUUUGUAUUGCGGGGAAGCCGAAUGUGGCGUGUUUGAGGGAGAAGCGCGAAGAGGCGGACCGGACGGAGAAGAGAAGAGAGGACAGGAGAAGAGGAAGAAGAAGAAGAGGAGGAGGAGAGAGGAGAGUGCUGGGGCAGGAAGGCGGCUGGGCGCUCGUCUUGUGGGAUGAUCUCCGUACUCUCCUAUGGCAGACUGGUUGCCAGGGCUGUCCUGGGCGGACUCUCCCAAACAGACAGCCGGGAUUACAGCCUAGUGACGGCGAGCUGCGGCUUCGGCAAAGACUUCCGCAAGGGCAUUUUGAAGAAAGGCAUGUGCUACGGCGACGACGCCUGCUUCAUAGCGCGGCACAGGUCCGCCGAUGUUCUGGGUGUAGCGGAUGGCGUGGGCGGCUGGCGGGACUACGGUGUGGACCCCUCCCAGUUCUCGGCGACCCUGAUGAAGACAUGUGAGCGACUCGUGAAGGAGGGCCGCUUUGUCCCCAGCAACCCAGUAGGCAUCCUUACCAUGGGGUACUAUGAGCUCCUGCAGAACAAGGUGCCCCUGCUGGGUAGCAGCACUGCCUGCAUUGUGGUUCUUGACCGGCAGCGACACCAGUUGCACACAGCCAAUCUCGGUGAUUCGGGCUUCCUGGUGGUACGGGGCGGCGAGGUGGUGCAUCGCUCCGACGAGCAGCAGCACUACUUCAACACGCCCUUCCAGCUGUCUAUUGCGCCGCCUGGGGCCGAGGGUGCCGUGCUCAGCGACAGGCCAGAGGCUGCGGACAGCUCCUCCUUUGAUGUCCAGCUUGGUGACAUCAUCCUGACAGCUACGGAUGGCCUCUUUGACAACAUGCCGGACUACAUGAUCCUGCAGGAGCUCAAAAAGCUAAAGAACACGAACUACGAGAGCAUACAGCAGACAGCCCGGAGCAUAGCGGAGCAAGCCCACGAGCUGGCCUACGACCCCAAUUACAUGUCGCCCUUCGCACAGUUUGCGUGUGACAAUGGGCUGAAUGUACGAGGGGGGAAGCCGGAUGAUAUCACAGUGCUGCUGUCCAUAGUGGCGGAAUACACGGACUAGCUGUCCACCGGUGGACGCGUUCCCUCGGCCAACUUUUGCCUCCUUCCUGCUCCGAUGAACAGUCUGCUGCUGUUGAGAGAAGAGAUGGCUACCCCCCAUCCCCCCUUUUUGUUCAUCACCCUUUUCCAACAGCCACCCGACCUGUCGUCUUACUUGCAUCCCCCCCAUCCUUCCUUAUACAUUCACAUCUUCAUCCUUUUCUAGCUCUAACUGAAAUCAGGAGCCUGAUUGGUAUUGGUGCCAGCAAGACCAUGUGAUUAGAUCUGUGGUCCUGUCCCAAUCAUUUUAUACACGAAAGCCAUGAUUGUAACACCCCACCGCCCUCCCCCCCCCACCCCAGCCCUUCAUUGAAGGGAGGGGAGGCAAUCGUUUUGUACAAUAGGGCUGAACGCGGCGCCGCCAGUCGUCCUUGGAUGUCAGCAAGGCUUUUGAACUCGGAGGCUGUUGGAAGUUCAGUCUGUAAUGACUCAGGAGUGUUUGAGUGUCUGCCGUACGGAUGGAAGCGUGUGGACGGGACAUCUUGUCACGUGAGAAUAUUGGUCAGCUUCCUUGGUUUGUGUUACCACCAGCCUAAAGUGAGUUGCGUAGGCGCAGGUCAGAUGCUAAGAAGGCAGAGUUAGGGUUAGGGUCCAUUGCGUGGAACUGAAAAAGGGAGUAGCUGGGCCCUGGUCACUUUUGUGUCAUUGGGUUGGGAAAAGUUGUCUUAGAGCACCUCCUCCUACUUGGAGACGUGUCUGCUGGUGUCCCCUCGAAUCCGCAACGGUGCACUGCUUCUGUUGCCGGAAGCCAGUCGUUAAACAUGACACAUUGUAGAUUUGUCACAGUAUAUUUUUAUUAUUUUAACCAACUGUGUAUAUACCUUCAAUUUUUUUUUUUGACAAAGGAUUUGUGCGGUUACUGUACGCGGCGCUACAGUGUGGCAGCAGGAGUACGCAAAGCCUACACUGUGUGUAGACGGGGAAGUUCUUUAGUUUUGCUUCGGCACGCUUAUUGUGCGCUUGCGCACAUGCAAAUAGAGAAUUUGGAAACGACAAAACGUGUGUGGGACGGACUGUGGACACUUCUGCUUUCAUUUAUAUGAUCGUUAAAUGGUUUCUUUGUUUUUAUAUCCAAUUUUAGGGAGGAGGGGAGAAUAAAGCGCACAAGACUGCUAGCAUCUGUGAAUGCUCAAAGUGAAAUGACAGGUUAGAUAUAAAAAAGCAUUUAUUUUUGUAACACGUGUUCAUUAGCGCAGAUUUGAUCCUGAAACCGUAAUACUUUGAAUUGUCCUGUGAUUGGCUGUAUAAUUCUUGGCGCGUGUGUGUGUGUGUGUGUGUGUGUGUGUGUGUGUGUGUCAGUAUACCUGUUGGCUUAGUUUUCUCCCCCCCCAUUUUAAUUUGGGGAUGUGUGUAUAUGCUGUAGAUGUCUGCUACUUUGCAGAGCUUAAAUUCCUAAUGUAACGCAUGAGUGUACAUGCCCUUUAUUUUUAAAUUUUAUUUAUUUGAAUGGUAAUCCGAGUUGUGCAUUUUUCCUUUUUUCUGCAUUAAUGAAAACAAGAAAUGGACUGUUCCUGUGUUACUCUUCUUGUUAUGCUGUUAACCGCAGCCCCCGCUGUACCCCAACCUGCGCGCCUUGUCGCACCCGAGGCGCUCAUCGCCCUCCGUCGGUCGGCAAAGUGCUGCGAUGCUAUUCAUGUGACGCCAGAGCUGUUACUCUUCAGCAAUCCGUUUCUCUGCGAUUGGCCCCUGUCUGCACCGAGAGGAGAUAUUUUGCCCAGCGCAGCCUUUCGGGUCGUGAUGAAGCCUUUCUUCAUUUAGCAGACAAGUGCAAAAAACCUCCUCGCUCUUUGGGUGACGUUCUCCAGAUGUUAAUUCUUCCGUGCUAAAAUGCAGGUGCACCAAAGAUUUAUGCUCGUCCAGUUUCUCCUCCACUUUGACAUUUAAUUUCUCCUCAUUUAAAAUGUAGAACAAUACUGUAAAAAAA